AUGCCGAGCGUCGACGCAGACGCAAACGCAGGAUGGACAGGGGCAUUCGUUACCCAAGUGCAACAUUACAUCCCGAUGCUCAAGAACAGCAACCCACGCGCGCCUCAUGAACGAGCACACGGCGAUAAAGGCCCCAAGCCCUUGACGGCCGAAGAGAUUCAGGCGCAUCCGGAGUAUCCUCAUACUCACUGGGAUUUGAAGCCUGAGAGCAGAGGCAAGAUCGAUGUCGCCGAGGGACGGGGAGGACCUUUCAAGCUCGCGUAUGAAGUGCAUGGCCAUGGACCCAGCAAGAUCAUCUGGAUCAUGGGUUUGGGUGGUUUCAUGAAGACGUGGCAACGGCAGACGAAGGAUUUUGGCCACUCUGAGGCUGACAAGUAUACUUGUCUCGUUUUCGAUAACCGAGGAAUGGGUGACAGCGACAAGCCACUUCUUCGAUACACGACUUCUGAAAUGGCAAAGGAUAUUGUCGAACUAUUGGAUCAUGUUGGUUGGAAAGACACGCGAAGUAUUCAUGUUGUCGGUAUCAGUAUGGGCGGCAUGAUUGGACAGGAACUUGCCCUCCAAGUACCCGACCGGAUAUGCAGCUUGAACCUCAUCUCGACAGCCCCUAGGAUCAUUCGCACACUACCCUACUUCGAAAACGUUCGCAAUCGAAUGAAUCUGAUGAUUCCCAAGUCACUGGACAACCAGAUAGCAAAAGUCAAAGGUGACUGCUAUUCGGCCGAGUGGCUGGCCAAACCAGACGAGACAGAGCACGUCGUACAACCCUUCCCAACCAACGGCGAUCGAUUUGCGGCUGGGGAGAUUAGCAAGCGUCUAUCACCUGGCGUUUUCACGCCGAAAGGUUUCUUGUGCCAGCUCUACGCGGCAGGUUUCCAUCACAAGUCUGCAAAAGAACUCAAGCAGCUCGGAGACGUGAUCGGCAGGGAUCGAAUUCUCGUCUUCCAUGGCACUGGAGAUCACAUGAUCGAUUUUAUCCAUGGCGAGGUGCUUUAUGAAGAGCUGGGAGGCGAUGAGAGUGCUGUCACCAAAUCCUUCCAUGAAGGCGUAGGGCACGUUGCGCCGUUCGAGCUCAGAAAGGAAUUCCGCAAAAUCAUUGUGAACCGCAUCGAGAAGACGGAGGCGUUGAACAAAGCGCAAGAGAUACCAAUAGAAGAAUGA